UGGAUUAAAAACCAUGGCGUGGAUACCAGUGGAGUCCGCAGUAGAAGAGUUGAUGCCCAGGCUGUUGCCAGUGGAGCCCUGCGACUUGACAGAAAGUUUUGAUCCCUCCGUACCCCCGAGGACGCCUCAGGAAUACCUGAGGCGGGUCCAGAUCGAAGCAGCUCAAUGUCCAGAUGUUGUGGUAGCUCAGAUUGACCCAAAGAAGUUGAAAAGGAAGCAAAGUGUGAAUGUUUCUCUUUCAGGAUGCCAACCUGCUCCUGAAGGAUAUUCUCCCACACUUCAGUGGCAACAACAAUUGGCACAGUUUUCAUCUGUUCGACAGAGUGUGAUCAGACAUAGAAGUCACUGGAAAUCACAACAGUUAGACAGUAACAUGACCAUGCCAAAAUCUGAAGAUGAAGAAGGCUGGAAAAAAUUUUGUCUGGGUGAAAGGUUAUGUGCUGAAGGGGCUGUUGGGCCAGCUACAAGUGAAGGUCCUGGAAUCGAUAAUGUGCAAAUUGGUUUUCCUCCCUUGCUUAGUAUUGUUAGCAGAAUGAAUCAGGCAACAGUAACUAGUGUCUUGGAAUAUCUGAGUAAUUGGUUUGGAGAAAGAGACUUUACUCCAGAAUUGGGAAGGUGGCUUUAUGCUUUAUUGGCUUGUCUUGAAAAACCUUUAUUACCUGAGGCUCAUUCACUGAUUCGGCAGCUUGCAAGAAGGUGCUCUGAAGUAAGGCUCUUAGUGGACAGCAAAGAUGAUGAGCGGGUUCCUACUUUGAAUUUAUUAAUCUGCCUGGUUAGCAGGUAUUUUGACCAACGUGAUUUAGCUGAUGAACCAUCUUGAUGUAGCUGGCCUCUCAGGGAUAGAAGAUACUUGUGAUGAAGGCAGUCUGAGGAUGUACAGGGGCAACUUAAGUGAGAACUGAAUUGAAUUACAUCUUCAACAUUAUUUGAAGGGUCUUCAUCUUAACCUGUGCAUCUGAAGUUGACAUUUAGAAGAUAUAUUGUAUUGAUUUGAAUAUUUGAAGUAUUCUUUGGAAAAUCCCAACCAGCCAGUUUUUGAUGAACAGUUAAAACAGUUUUCUGUAAUUACAUGUUUUUAAAACAAAUUGAGUGCCAUUUAUUGAUGAAGCAUUCUGUACAGAAACUGUAUGAUGAAAUUUUACAGAGAUCCUUGGUGCUUUUUCAUU